AUGACCACAUCCAGCAGGCAAAGCUCUUCUACAUCUAUGGUCAACAACGUGGCAAAAAUGUUUGAUCCAAAUGCUUUGCAAAGCCAGAGGUCUGAUAAUACAAUGGAGCCCCCGCAGAUUCGUCGUGUUGUAAGCAGUGAUGUCAGCACUGAAAGUUUUAACGUCAUGGAUAUGAAGUUUGCCUUCCUUGAACAGAAAAUAGAUAAGCUGUUGAUGCUGCAAGACAAUGUGCUUAAGAAACUGAACAGCGUUUCCCAAGAAAUCUAUUGCAUUGAAAAAGACAUCGAGAUUGUAAAAGCGGAGACAUCUGAGCCUGGAUUGAAAAUGGAAAGAAGCAAAAAUCUGAGAAAUAAUCAAAUGAAGAGGCUUUGCCUUAAGAUGAAGAAAUCUCUUUCUGAUAUAAACAGGAAUGCAGAGCAGCAAGUUAAAAGACUGGAUGGACUGGAACAAAGCGUUUCUGCAAUACAGAAGCUUGUAGGGCCUCUGGCUGAGAAGGUUAAAGCAUUAAUAAUUCACCAUUCAUGUGGAAAACAUCAUAUUCUGAAACGUAAGCUUUGCAAGGCAGGUGAUUAUACAAAAGCAGCUGGACAUGGUUUUGGGAUGCAGAUUUUCUCAGCGACAACAGCUGAUGCUCUGCUCAAGAAGAGGAGUGAAAAGGUUGUCAAAGAAAAGUUGCAUUUGAGUGAGACGGGAACAAAUUCUAUACAAGAGGAGGAACCACCAGAUUCAGCAGAGGGGGUCAUCCAGAACAGCCAGUCCUGUUGUCACAAAGAAGAAGUCGAUAAGCUCAACAAGGAAAAUGCUGAGAGGGAAAGUACUGUUCUGCUACAGAUGGAUUCUCCUGAAUCUCAUUCUGAAGAAACAGAGGAGAAAGAAGAAAUAGCUUUUGAAAGCUGCUACAGGAGAAGCUCAGUACAGGAAGAAAAUGAUGCUGUUGAUGAUGCUUGUCAAAGGAUAACUGGGCAGGAGAUAGAGAGGGAGUCAGCUGACGAGGAGACGAAGGAGGAGCAACAGGUGCCUGGAGUUGAAGAACAAGAAGAGAGGAUGAAUGAAGGGGAGGGAGUUGAUAGUAAUAAUGAAAAAGAGGAUGAGGAGCCAUCAGCAUCUUCCCAAAAUGAAGAUGAGGCAGGACAAAGCUAUGAUCAAGAGGCACCGGAGGGAAUGUGUAAAGGCUGUGGAAAAGAUGAUACUUCUACUCCACCAGCACCAUUUGAUCACCGGAUUGUUUCAGCCAAAACGGUGGGCAUCAGCAGUUAUUAUAAUGUCAACAGGAAUGAAAUCUUGGGAGGAGGACGAUUUGGUAUGGUACACAAAUGUGAAGAGAAAGCAACAGGUCUCAAGCUAGCAGCCAAAAUUAUAAAAGCCAGAGGAGAUAAAGAGAAGAAUGAAGUAAAGAAUGAAAUCAGUGUCAUGAACCAGUUGAAUCAUGUGAAUCUUAUCCAGCUCUAUGACGCCUUUGAGUCAAAAAAUGACAUUGUCCUAGUCAUGGAAUAUGUGGAAGGAGGUGAAUUAUUUGACCGAAUAAUUGAUGAGAACUGCAAUUUGACAGAAAUGGAUACAAUCUCAUUCAUAAAACAGAUCUGCGAGGGAAUUCAGUACAUGCACCAAAUGUACAUCCUUCACUUGGAUCUAAAGCCUGAGAAUAUCCUGUGUGUGAACCGAUCUGCAAAUCAAAUAAAAAUUAUUGAUUUUGGAUUGGCAAGAAGAUAUAAACCCAGGGAAAAACUUCGAGUAAACUUUGGAACUCCUGAAUUUCUUGCUCCUGAAGUUGUGAAUUAUGAAUUUGUCUCCUUUCCUACAGACAUGUGGAGUGUAGGAGUCAUUGCUUACAUGCUCCUCAGUGGAUUGUCUCCUUUUUUGGGUGAUGAUGACAACGAGACUCUCAACAAUAUCCUGGCCUGCAGCUGGGAUUUUGAAGAUGAGGAGUUUCAAGAUGUUUCUGAGCAAGCCAAAGAUUUCAUCUCUAAGCUUCUCAUCAAGGAAAAAUGCUGGAGAAUAAGUGCAACUGCUGCCUUAAAACACCCAUGGUUAUCAGACCACAAGCUCCACUGCAGGCUCCAGGUUCCUAAAUUUAAAUAUAUUUGUGCAUUGUAG